AUGCUGAAAAUGGACCAUGGAAACAUGACCCAAGCCAUGCUUGAUGCUGAAUCCCGCAACAUGGAGAAGAACAACAGCAAUGAGUAUUUUUACAUUCUGAUCGUCAUGUCUUUCUACGGGAUCUUCCUGAUAGGGAUAAUGCUGGGCUAUAUGAAAUCCAAAAGAAAAGAGAAGUCGUCCAAUUUGCUUCUGCUCUACAAAGAUGAGGAGAGAGAAUGGGGGGAAGCUGUGAAGCCUCUACCAACCAUAUCGGGGCUGAAAUCUGUCCAGAUCCCCAUGAUGCUGAACAUGCUGCAGGAGAGCAUGGUGCCGUCCCUGUCCUGUGCCAUCUGCUCGAUGGAAGGCAGCAGUGUGAGCUCCGAAUCCUCCUCCCCAGAUGUGCACUUCACCAUCCAGGAGGAAGUGCUGGAUGCUGAACUGGUGGAAGUGUCAGAAACGCUCCUCAAUGAGAGCAGCGAGGGAUCUGCGGAAAACAUCCACAAGAACUCCUAG